AUGGCGAUAUGCUGCAACGUAUGCAGACACCUUCAUGAGCAAGGUGCAAAGUGCCCAAUUUGCGGUCACACCGGCAAAAGCCGCUUGUACAAGUGCUUCAAGAUAAAUUUUAUUGCAUACCAAUUCACAGUGCAACGAUUUGACGGUCGGGGUCAGGAUAAAACUGUUGAAGGCACAGUUCAAGCUCUAGAGCGCGCCAAUAUGGCCUUAUGGGCAUUUGUCAAGAUUUUGAGAGAAAAAAUCUUCAGCAAUCUUUCAAAGGUGCAACUGAAUGAUCCAAUGUCGCGGCAUUUAGUGUCGUUUGUUGGUGAUGGACCCAUGGGUAUCGCAUGCUGGCGGCCAGUGUGUGAGGAGAGUGGAAACCAAGUUGCCGUUAUUGAGCACGUCGGUAUUGUGAAGGCAAGGCGGCGGCAAGGGUACGCAAAAAGGCUGCUCCGCAUAGUCGUUGAGGAUAUUGAGGUAUUUUACGCACAAGCACCCACGCAUCCACAAGCGCUUGUCGCAUACGUCCCGCAGAACGACUCUGGUGCCGCAGUGAACUUGUUUCAAUCGCUGGGCUUUCAGCCAUUAUCGCAUGUUGAGAGGAUGGAUGAAUGUAAGCUCUUAGAGAUGCGGGUUGGUUGGGGCUGCCGUCGCCUUCUCUAA